AUGCAGCAGCCCGAGCUCAGCCGUAAGCUUAGUCGUCUGAUCAAGAGCGAGAACUCGGCCAUCGGCGCGCAUGAGGCUGCCGGCCGUGAACGUACCUCCAUUGCCUCCCAGCUGUCGGAAUGGGGCGAGUCAACCGAGGAUGAUGCCGUCUCCGAUAUCUCCGACAAGCUCGGUGUGAUGCUAGCUGAGAUGGGCGAGCAAGAAGACAUCUUUGCUCAGAAUUUGGAGGACUAUCGCGGGGUUCUCAAGCAUAUUCGCAAUAUGGAGGCCUCCGUGCAGCCGUCGCGCGACCAACGCCAAAAGGUCACGGAUGAGAUUGCCAAGCUCAAGUAUAAGGAUCCCACCAGCACCCGUAUCACGACGCUGGAGCACGAGCUUGUGCGCGCCGAGGCGCAGAACCUUGUUGCCGAGGCACAGCUUUCAAAUACUACUCGGCAAAAGAUCAAGGAAGCCUUUGACAUCCACUUGGCCGCUGUAGUUGAACGUGCAGAGAAGCAGAUUAUUCUCGCUCGCCAUGCCCGUCGGCUGCUGAACUACAUCGACGACUCCCCAGUCGUACCUGGAGACUCCCGCGCAGCUUACGACCAUGAGCUCGACGCACGCCAGGUUCUCGAGGACGCCGAAAACGAUCUACGCGCGUGGGAACCCAGCUUGGAUCCCAUCACAUCUUCCGCAGGCGGCGAAGCCACUGGGGUCAAUGAAGUUGACGCAGCCCACAAAAACGGAAUCACCCCUCACGACGAGGAAAGCUUGGCCGAUGCCAAUGGUAUCAACGAGGAACCCGCAGGGAGUGAAGUCCCACCUUCCGAGAGGCAGUUGGAGACAGCUCCUCUUGCAUCUUGA